ACGAUCCAAGGUAGUUUUCCUUUCUUAAGUAGGUAGCUGAACAAAAUGGAUUAGUGGUUAAUAGCCCUGACUGGAAUACUGGAGGUCGGGAGCUCGAUUCCCCGCCAGGACAAGAAUUGUGAUGAGUAUGAGUAGGGUCGUUUGUGUCGUGUCUGGGUGUAAUCUAUCUAUAAUAUUUGUGUCUUUAGUUAUGUAGGAGCAACAUUCGCUUCGGAAUAUUUAUAAAUUUAUGAAAAUAAAUUGUGAAGGAUAUUGGUUAGGCCAGCAAACGGUAAUCAAAUAAUUGAUUGCUUAUGUUGCGUUUGCUCGCAGUCAGUCUCCAAUAGAAAAAUAUAUUUUCUCAAUACACUAUGUUCCUUUUCCCAAAAUACAAGCAAUAGCACAUUACUAGCAUGUAACUUUUUUAAGUUUUGUAACAAACCACGGACUGACGUUGAAGGCAAACAUAUAUAUUCGCAAUUCGUCACAAAAGAAAUAGAGAUAAAACUAUGUACGAGGUAUAUAAUGUUCGUGGCAAAAAAUAUAAUAACCAAAUAGUAAACAACACUAAUCUAAAGUCGCAGUGCACAAUUUACUAUGACGACAGUCUGGUUCAACUUGUAACAAGUUCUCGCUCAUAACUAAAUCCUUCUUAUAUAUCCUUUUUAAACGCCGACACUUGUAAGGAGAGCGCUGUCAACAGAAGACGCCAGACAAACAAACUAUUGUCAUACAUUUACAAAUAUAUAAAUAUCCUUACCAGUCAGAAUAAUGAGCAUCGCUGCUCGAUUGAGUCGAGCAUGGCGCCCGCUGAAGUACAGUUUCAGAUCGUACACAUCCAACAAUCAGUUCAUGCAGUUCCUACAGAACCUGCCCUGCACGCAAUACUCGAAGCUCGUCAACGGCCUGACCGUCGUCACGGAGGAGAGAGAGAGCUACAACUCCUGCAUCGGCCUGUUCAUGGACGCCGGCCCCAGGUAUGAGAGCAAUUUCGAAAACGGGAUCACGCAUUUCUUCGAACAUAUCGCCUUCAAGAGCACGAGAGCGAGGACCAAGCCUGAAUUAGAAGCGCAGUUAGAAAGAAUCGGGGCUCGGUUCAAAUGUUUCACAACACGAGAGAUGUCCGUAUACUACGUUGAAUGUCUCUGCCACGACACGCCGAUCGCGACAGACCUGCUCACUGACUGCGUGUUCAACAACGCUUUCGCCACCACCGAUAUUGAGAAUCAAAAGCGAACGGUUUACGCGGAAAUGAUAGCCCACGAUGAUAACCCUGAGGCAGUCAUUUAUGACUACCUCCACAGCUCCGCGUUCCAGGGCACUCCGCUAGCGGCCACCGUGAUGGGCCCGAGCGGCAACCUGUACAACUUCACCGACGCCACUAUCUGCCGCUAUUUGUCAAAAUGCUUCGACCCCUGCAGGACUGUACUAGUAGCGGUCGGUGGCGUCAAACACGAACAGAUGGUAGCCCUCGCCAACUCGUACCUCAUCAGACUGGAGCCCCUCAAAUGUAUGGAUAUCGAUGCUUAUAGAUUUUCCGGGUCUGAAGUACGUUUUCGAGACGAUUCCUUGCCGCUUGCUACCGUUUUAGCGGCGGUGGAAGCGCCAUCGUUUAUACACGAGGACAACGUAGUGAUGGAAGUGGCUCGUUAUAUCGUCGGCGGGUACGAUCGCUCGCAGCCCGGCACCGCGCAGACACACUGGUCGCACGUCGCGCGUACUGGCAAAGAGGAGAAAUCUUUUGACGCGUUUAAGGCUUUCUACAUAACCUACAAGGACUGCGGGCUGUGGGGCGUGCACUUCACAGGGCUGUCGACGCAACUGGACAACAUGAUGAUUAUCCUUCAGGACGAGCUCAUGUAUUUAUGUUUCAGCGUGACCGAGAGCGAAGUGGACCGCGCUAAGAACUUUUAUAAGACGAAGAUUCUGUAUAAGAACGAGAGCGCGUGGGGGACCUGUUUGGACAUCGGUCGGUGGACGCUCUACAACGGGUACAGGCCGUCUUUACUGCAGAAGAUGAAGGCGGUAGACAAGGUGACGGCGGCUGACGUGCGCGCGGCCUGUGAGAAGUACUUCUACGACCGCUCGCUGGCUAUAGCCGCCAUCGGUCAGGUGGAGGGCUUGCUGGACUACAACAGAUACCAUGCGCGCAUGUACAGGCUGAGAACGUGAAUAAAAUAUGACUAUUAGUUA